AUGCGCCGAAAACGUGCGACUGCCGCGCUCAAGGACUUAAGUCUCAAAAAGGUGGGCGCCCCAUUUUACAAGAUGCAUAGUUAACUAGAAGAAUAAACCAAGUUAUUCGAGUGACGAAGAAAUAAACUCAGAUACUGAUGAGAGCCUGUUAAGGUAAGCUCAUGUGUAUUCCUGUGUCUUAUUUUUAUUCCCAAGCGACUCGAAGGAAAGAGAUACUGAGGAAGAGUUUGCUCUGGAGACGGCCCAUGAAAAACACGUCCGCUUGACGAAGAAAGCCAUUUCUGCCGCUCUUCGGGCAGGUAAAUUUCCCAAAGAUAUUUUUUCACAAAGUGUAGUCGACUCUGACGAGGAAGAUCCGACUGCUCAUCUCUCUCUCCGGCUCCAGGAAGAAGCUCUUCAAGCUAGAGGGAAAUUGUUUGCCAGGGUCGCAUCUAAUGUUUGCUCGGGUUGCCUUAUUCUAUUUAGUAGGUUAAGGUCGUUGAAGUCGAGGACGUCGUUUGUCUUCGAGGGCACAAGAAAUCUGUUAACUGUAUCUGCAUCUCAUCGGAUAGUAAAUUUCUCUUCUCCGGUGGAAAGGACGCAUCUAUAAUAAAAUGUAUUCUGCGGUUUACCGGUCCAACUUCUAGGGUGCUUGAAAGAACACAGGAAGCUCAUUUCUGCUGACGGCGGACGACGUGGCAGUGCAUCUAAGCAUCAUACCGGACCUGUUUUAUCAAUAGCAAUAUCUGAUGACAGCAAAUAUCUUGUAAGCCUUUCGCACGAGGGUUUCUCUGCUCAUUGAGAUUUCUCAUGGAAACGAUUUUUAUCAUGUUAUUUCCGUUCAAAGACUAGCAUCCAACGGGAACCAUUGGUGGCAUCCGAGUUCGUUUUUCUCACUUCUUAUCUUUGGCCACGUUUGCUUGAAUCUGGGUGGAGUAAGAACUCUGUUCCAGUGUCUUUUAUGGAUAAUUAACACGCCUAGUUGAGAAGUGGUAUUCCUUACCGUCACAAUAUUCUGUUAAUAUUUGCCAGCUGUCUUACGUCGUCUCACCAUUGCCUUAUGCACAAGAACUCAACCUCUUCGACAGUCCUUUUAAUUGAAUUACUAACAUACAAAUCUUGAAAUGUUUAGGCCUCGGGAAGUACUGACAAUGGUAUUAUCAUAUGGAAUCCUCUGGAUUUGAGUCCCAUCUUCCACCUCAAGCGCCAUUUAUCCCCAGUCACGGUAAGACUGUCCUUUCUCAUUGCUUUAAAAAAUUCUUUGGAUGCAACUGAGCAAGUCUUAAGCCUGUUGGAAACCUUGUCUCUGAAACGAAGUUUCAUUCUUGCACAUAGGGACGGGGAUAAUGUUAAAAUUUAGUCGUAUUUGUGCUAUUUCUAGUACUGCCAACUGGCCGACUUGACGCAAAGUACUAAAGCUAAAGUUCUCCCGUCUUCAACAACGAUCCACAUUGAAAUUUUGUCCUGGUAGCAGUGUGCAUCUUUUCAAAAGCAGCGUUAAUACCAGAUUAUACUCAGACAAAGAGUGGUGUCUAGCUAUACGGGGCACUUACGGUUUGCUUUGAUCGUUGUCAAAAACUCCGAUUUACUGCGGUUUCGGCGUUUAUGGCUCUUCUUUUUCACCUUUACCCUCGUAUUUCCGAAAGCCCAAAGUCAUGAUACACAACCCUAUUUGGGAGCUUGGUUUCACGCCCGAACGCAACCAGUCACGUUGGAUCUGGAUGAGAACUACCCAUUUUCCUUCACUUAUGGAUAGCCUUUGAAACACAUAAAUGCACCAUUACUUAGUAUUUGCCGAUUAAAAUAUAGCUUGUCGCUACCGUGUGAACUGAAAACCCAGUGUCUGGGGGUAAGACGCGAGCAAACGAGCGCCUGUUAUUCACUGCUACAGAGCGUCGGGCUUGCAAACUGGUUACUUUAGUGCCGAAAUGUGGCGGUCAGUUCGCCGGCAUCCAAUGAAAAAGCAUUCUGUACGUAUACUCCCGAAAAUCCUGCUAAGUCUCAUUAUACAUGGUCAUUUGCCUUUAACUAUUGUAGAAAGGUACAUUAGUGCCUUCGGAUAGUCAUUCUUUGCAGUGCUGAUCUGAGCUACCACGUCCUGUAGUCAUGGCUAAUGCACACCUUCCCUUCUAUACUUUAGUGUACCUUGCGCAUGGUUUCUUUAUUAAUGUUGACUCGACAAACCUGUUUCAUGGUUAUCCCUUAGUUAAGCAGGGGCGUACAUCUGGUAAAACGUCCUAUAAAAAGCAUUCUGGAGCUCUCAGUCCCAUUGACCAAAAUGCCUUUAUUUUGUCAUCCGCCAGUUAUGCCGGCACCAAAAUCAAAGAAACGUCGAUUUCUGACAGAUAGAUAGAUGGAUAAAGCUCGAAAAUGCAUUCGCAUUUUAGCCUCUAAUAAUUUAGGUAAACACCGUUUCUAUAGGAUGCAUUGUAAGGUUAAGUACAUCAAAUAGUAGUUAUGAAUUAUUCCAUAAGCAUGGCAGAUGCUGGCAGCCUUUCCUCCCGGAUAAGCGGUCAAUCAAGGGUGAAACUCGAUCACGGACAGGUAUUACCACUCUUUCGCAGGGGGCAGUCUUCUCGUUUUUGUUAACAGAACACAUUUACGUAAUACGCUGCUCCAGGCCACUUGGCAUUCGCCACGAAAUCCCUGUUUUCCGGCACCACCAUGGGUUGGGCACUUUUGUUUGCACUGUAUAACGGAGCUGAGGAAGAGGUCUGCUCACACUCCCUGCGCAUUCCUACCGCACUUUGUUAUUCCAUGCGAAGUCUGCCUUUUUGUCGCUUGUUUAACAUCUUGUGCCAAAUUCUUCCAUAAUAAACGCAGUAAAACAUCAAGAAAAAUGUUCUGGCGUCCUUUUAGGCUAUUAGUUUUCGGCGUCAGUCACACAUGCUCUUCAGUGGUGACAGAUCCGGUCGUGUGUGUGUAUGGAACAUGCCACUGACGGAAAUUCUCCAGGAUCAGGGGUGAGUUUUUCCUGUAAUAAUUGGUGCUCUGGGGACUUCAUUUCGCCCUGCCGCAGUCUUGCAGUAACAACAUUAUCUUAAAUUUCACUGUACCUGUAAAUUCCUCCAAUCAAUUACCACUGAAUUCCUCGACCUCGUGUCCACUUAGUGCUACUGAGCUUGUGUUUCUGUGAAAGAUGCUUCGGAAUUUUCAGUGCAUCAAGGUCAACAUUUAAAAAAGAAAAUCAACUUAUGUGCUUGACAGCAUUAGCGUAAACUCAAAAUUACGAAACCCAGAACAGUUUGCUUAGUGUUUGACUGAAGGAGUGGCCCGGGCAGCAUUUGGCUCGCUCAAACCGACCUCGUACAUGCCGACCAGCUAGUGUUGAGCCAGUUUUUAUUAUAACUUCUGCGGGUGCAUAUAGUGGACCAGCAUUGGGGCUCCGCAUAGAUGGCACUUUAGAAAUCUAGAUAUUUGUGAUUUUCAAGUAUGAGACUUGAAAAAAGCGCAAUUUCUACAAAACUACUCAAGAACUGGGGUUUUGUCAUUCUGAAAAAAUUCAUCCCAGGCAUUUCGACAUUGAUACUACUUUAAGUAGUGUUUAAGCUGGCAUUGUAACUUAUCAGUACUGCAACUUGUACACUCUACCUGCAAGGACAUUUAAUCAUUUCGGUUAUUUUCACGAAUUUCGCCCCCACUUCUCGCUUUUUUCUGUUCUUCCCCCUAGAGCUGCUACGAAAAUCGAGGUCCUUUCAAUCUGUGGGCUUUCAGCCGAACGCUGUAUCUCAUCUUCCGGUUUUGGGGGAGCCGGCAUAUGCCUGUGGAAAGUCGAAGAGGAGGUCUGUGUGCAGUAUAAUGUGAAAAACAUUGCGGAGUAAGUACUGCCUUUCUUUUUUAGUGAUCUCACAUGGCCGUCAACUGAUACAUAUAACCCAUGCAUCCAUCUGGUGAAAGCAAGAAUUUCGAAUAUUCGCCAUUACCAUGUAGAAAUUGGAGGCAAAUAAUAGAUUGCGUUAAGGAGACACGCUGCGUUUGAUGUGACACAGGUCCACACCAAUAACUGCUGCCGCUGCUACUCAGUGCUACUACGCACCUUUUAGUGUCAGUUACCCAAGGCAAGUCACUUAAUAGCUUCAAACAGAGUUUAAUGUGGACAACACUGAGCAACCCGUCUCUGUUUAGAGAAUAGCUCAUGUGAACGAUCACUACUAGGGCAGGAUGGACGGUUUCUCCUGUAUUCGCUCGGACCCAGUUAACCAAGGUAUUUGAACAAUGUAGUGCGAUCAAGCAGGAAAGAAAGCGAGGCUAACCGAGCGAACAGAUCUCCAAAUUCUUUCCGAGAAGAUACUGGAUUUCCCGACGUCCGAUAGCAGGAGGCAAAGUCGAUAUUACCUGCCUAUAACCGUGGAUCUGUUCUCCACUAUAGUAUUUCAUAGUGAAUUUUAGGUAUGUUUUGGCCAGUGUUUAUCAUCGUCCCACUUCACAAUCGUAUCCUAGUAGCCAUCUUUUACCUAAGCUCCAAUCAAUAACGUUGGUUUCGCUAGCAAGCUCUCUUCGACCUCUAUUCGUCAUCUUUCUGGGUGCUUAUGUGCAUAAUAUGGCACUGGUGUUUAGUGUGCCAGAAGGCAGGGGAUUUUCGAGCACACCUUAAUUCGUCUACACUUUCCUUUUUACAGACUUUCAAUUGAAUGUGUCUACGCCGUAAACGACGAUCUUUUUAUUGGUGGGUCAACGUCCAAGUAAGUUCGUUCUGACAUAUUACAUAUUCUUCUUAGCGCAUCAUGAUCGCUCUAUUCUAGGGCUAUUUGGACCCCAUUUAUUAUGUCCAGCUGUUUUUUGUCGCUCUUAAGCUCUCCUUUAGCCUUGCAGCGGUGGGUCACUAUGACGGGCUGUUUAGUACCCACGGCUUUGGGUUAUGCAGUUUCACUCGACGGCAGACCUGUCGUGUCCUACAAAAUUAACCUAAUGGGUGAUGCCCUGGCGGGCUAGAGUAAACAAUGUGAUUCGACCGCGUGCAAAGUUGGGGAUGUGGGAACUGUCAACCACUACCUAAAAGCGAUGAGGCAUAGUGCCCGACCGGGCUGGGCGUACAACUGACUGUGAUCGUUUUUUUUUACUUUCUCUCACUAUUGCUAUUUAGCACCCUCUACCUAUGGCACGUGAGCCGAGGCAGCCCAAUUUGCCGCAUAUACCCCGCCCAUCCGACCUCCUCGCACGCUCCACCUCGGCUGCCCACGGAACGACCGGCUGUAAACUGGGUCACUGCGGUCGCCGGUCUUUUUGGCACUGAUCUCUUUGCCUCCGGCUCUUCCACGGGACACGUUCAGCUCUGGAAACUGGUAGUAGAAGGCAAAGCCUUCUCCUUUGAUGACUGCGGAAAGGCUGGUCUGGAACAGGAAGAUGAUGACGAGGAUAAAGAAGAGGAGGUGGCCAGAUUCGCGCGCCGCGGCGGCGCUGGCCGGCGUCUUCGUGUGCACCAUGACAACACACGUAUCGAGCGCAUACCGGGGGCUGAUUUCAACCUGGUAGGUUCCUGACUUAUCAAUAUUUAAUUUUGUCAAGGGCGCCCAUGACGCUAACGACCGCUGCGCGUCUGCUCCGGCGAUUUUUGAAUGCUAAAUGUCCACGUUAUCGAUUAGUUCGCGACGAGUUGGGAGCGCGUGGGCAUACUUUUCCCAGAUGGCCUGAUAAGGUUUUUGUACCCAGACAGCUUUUGCUUACAAGGGCUCAAUAUUAUUCCCCUCCCAUGUAUUCACCUGACAAAAAGCACAAUUUUCGCUGGCGCCCAAACUUUGACUUUUGAUGCAGCUUUCCAAAUGACCCUCGACGCACGUAGUGGACAUCUAGACAGGACAGUCAAUGGAGCUGCUAAAUUUCAAGCCCAACUAUCGUUGUCUAUUCACGCACGGCUUUUUAUAAAACACCUGAGUAUGUGUCUGAAUUUGUGCCUCAGCACUAGCUGUUCUAGGAAGAAAUUUAUCGAGGAGCUUCAUCUCCCAUCCCCUGGUGAUUGUUUUUAGAGAAAAGCCUCCUCAGGAAUGAGUUUGUGGCCCUAAAGCGUGUCUCUGCUGUAGAAGCAACAGCGCCUGUAACAGCCAAUGUAGUGGGUUUUUCUUAAGUCAUACGGUCAGGCCUAGUCCCCGGUUUUCAGACGCCAGACGGAGUGAAGGGGUUGAUAGUGGAACGACCAAUAAAUCGGCACGCCAGUGCACAUGUAGGUUAGAGAGCAUGCGUCGACUUUUGGAGGAGUUGCUCGAACCUGUACAAAGAUGCAGUUAAGGCAGAAGACUUGACUGGUGCGGUCUAUUCAAGAUGGACCGGUGAGUUACCACGUUAACAUGGGGGACAGGGGCUUGUUCGACGCAGCCCAUCCUAGUAAUUACUGUACCAGGCGGCUCCAGUAAAUACGUUCACUUUCGGGCCCCGGUUUUGUGAUGUAAAUCAUAGUGUCGAAGGAUUAAAGUCUCAUCGUCCGCGAUCACGUCGAGACACCAGUUUGUGGUGGCCAAGGCAAUAGGCGUAUCCUAAUUCCACAUUCAUCAGGCUCAGUCCUGACUGGCGAGGAAGUGUGGAAAAUAUCGGGUUGAUGGAUUUAUUCAGUGCGAUGCUCAGAGCAUUUGUCCCAGCUAGCAAUAGCCUCCGGCGAGGCCGGGGCAUGUGCGAACAGUGCUACGCUAUACUCGGGGGAGGAGUAUGGUGUAGACUGACGUCAUGGGUUUGUGGGAGCAAGUUUAAGGGACUCGGUCCAAGUAUCACGUGAGACGAUUGCGGUUGCCUAGAUACGCGUGUCGACGUUGCAGGUGGCCAAAGUGACCGGUCGGGCUGUAAGGUCAGCUUGUCAGAGUGCCCAGAAUUAAAAUGGGUCGUCUUGAAUCAACAAAAAGUUGGACAAAGACAAUUAGGGGGGGACCAGUGGUAGUGGAGGUGGCCAUGACCGUCUACGCGCUCUCGCUUCACCACUGUCUCGAUGGACACUUACUGAAGCGCAGUCGUACAGCUACUUUUCAGGGCUAUGUUUUCUUUUGUCACUCAUUUGUUACAAGCCGCACACCAACGUUAGGGACUGGCCUCCUAAGUCCUUGUAAUGAAGAACACCAACGUCGACUGUUGCGCUCACUAGCUCAGUGUUUUCCCUCUAAAGGCUGGCUUCAUCAACAGUCUCGCCUUCUCAAACGACGGUCAGUGGCUGGCUGUUGGGAUUGGUCAGGAGCACCGCCUUGGCCGCUGGGAGGAACGAAGGAAGGUGAACGAUGUGGUUUGCCUUCUUCCAAUUAAUAUUCCUGUCAGGUAAGAUUUUGUAGUGUAGUGGUUUUGUGCUAUAUGUAGACCUGAAGUAAUUAUAUUAGGCUCUCAUUUUCGUUUUAUCCUUUGCAGCCAACAGCGAACACGGUCUGCUCUGCAUGAGUGA